AUGAAGACAUCUAUUAUUCCUGACAAUCGUGCUACGCGUUGCUCAUUCUCAGUUCAGUUUCAUCCAAUUCGAGAUGAUGACAUUGAUGAUCAUGAUAGUUCUAGUCCGCUCGAUCAUAAUCACAAACAAAAUGGUAUACGACAAGGAGAUGAAAUGGCACAAAAAUGGUCUGCAUCAUAUAUACCUUAUAUGACAUAUUUUGAAGACCGCGAACGACCAUGGUCAUUUAUAGCUAAUUCAGAUGUAUUUAUAGUAGCCGUCAAUGUCAGUCGAGAACAUCAUUUCCGUUUAAAUCCAUUUUUAGAUGCGUCCAUAAGAUAUACAAUCAAAUUGAAACAUGGUUGUUUCGACUGGACUAUAUCAAAACGUUAUAAAGAUCUUGUAAUAUUUUUUGAACGAAUGAAUUUAUUUCAAAAAACAGCUUCACUACCACUACCAACAACUUCACAUCGAGAAAUUCGACGUCAAAUGAGUCAUUCACAAACUGUUAGUGGUCUCACAUUAAAACCGGACGUUUUAGUUGAUGAUGGAAAUAUUGUUGAACGUGAAAAAUUGGUUGCCGAAAAAUUAACCUCAAUAUUAAAUCAUCCAGUUCUAUCUACUCAUAUUGAAUGUCUCAAAUUUGUUGAAACAUGUCCGUUGUCAUUCAUACAGGAACUAGGCCGAAAAUACAAAGAAGGUGUAGUUAAAAAACAUUCAGGAGGAUAUAGACAAGGUUGUUGUGAAAAUGUGAUUGCUCGUAUGAGAUGGUUUAAGCGAUGGUUUAUUAUAAAGGAUACAUGGAUUGGCUAUUUAAAUCCUAAAACAGGAAUUGUACGCGCUGUGAUGUUAGUUGAUCAUCAUUUUCAUGUACGAACGGGAAGAGAGAAUACUGGUUCAUCGACAAAACUUUAUAUAUGCAAUCUAGCACGACGAUUAUAUGUUGAAUGUGGAGCAGAAAGAAAAGCAACGGAGUUUUGUGAAGAUAUCAAUCGAAUGUUAAAAACAACUGGCUAUGAUUUCCAUAUAAAACAUCGAUUUAAUUCAUUUGCUCCUGUACGAACAAACUCGAAAGCACAAUGGUUGGUGGAAGGAGCAGAUUAUAUGGAAGCGGUUGCCUAUGCCAUCAAGGCGGCAAAAGAAGAGAUUUAUAUCACAGAUUGGUUUUUAUCGCCCGAGAUAUAUUUAAAGAGGCCAGCACUGUCAGAUGAAUGGCGUUUUGACAAGAUGUUACAAAAAAAAGCUCAUGAAGGUGUUCGAAUAUUUGUUUUAUUAUACAAAGAAGUUGAAUUAGCACUAGGCAUAAAUAGUUCGUAUAGCAAACGAAAAUUAAUAGAAACUCAUCCAGAUAAUGUGAAAGUUUUGAGGUAUCCAGAUCAUACUGGUCAAAAUGCUGUUCUAUUUUGGGGACAUCAUGAAAAAUUGGUUAUUGUUGAUCAAAGUAUAGCCUUAUUUGGGGGACUCGACCUUUGCUAUGGACGAUGGGAUAAUUAUUUUCAUUUAUUAACAGAUUAUGGAUCUGCGCUUCCUAUGAAACACAAUAAGACUCAAAGUGUUCCGAGAACAAAUAGCGUGCCAGAUAUAAAGAUCCAUGGUGUUAAAUCACUUAUACCAUUAGAAGCUCUUGAUCUUGAUCGUGGAAGGAUGCCGUUAUAUCAACCAUAUCGUCCUCCAUCCAUGAUAGACGAUGAUCAUAUACCGCAUAUUGAUGAUGAUGAUGAAAGACCUACUCCAACAACAGUGGAGAAAGAAUUCAAACCAAAUAAAGUACAAUUUCAUAGUGAAUAUUGUCUAAAAGACCGUUUGAAAGAUUUAGUGCCAUCAUCAGAAGUACCACCUUUUGUUCCCACACCAAAACGUUCUCUAUCAAAAGUGUUAAGUGAUCAAACAUUCGAAAAUUCACCUAAAUUAUCUCCUAAUCGACGUUUUUCAUCCGGUGACAUCAGCAUAGAGGAAAAUAAUAAUACUAAUGAUCAAAUAGAUCAUCAACAAGAGCAAAAACAAAAACGUCGCAUUUAUAACUAUAAUCAUCAUUUAUUUUCAAAUAUUUAUAAGAGAACUCAUCGUUUAUCAUCAAGUGAACAACGUCAUAAUUAUCAUCAACGUUUAGCUGAGUCUCUCACUGAUGAUGACGAUCCAUCUAAUCGUAGUAAUGCACAAACAUCGGAUUCUGCAUAUGUGCGCGCACUCGAACAAUACCAUAAUCAUACAGUAGACGCAAGUUUAUCUACACUCGAAUCAAUGCAAACUAUAGCUAGUUUAACUGAUCCUGACUAUCGACGACCAUCGUAUAAUACAACAUUAUCUGUGCCAUCAGGAAAAUUUACAUUAUCUUAUCAGAAACGUCAUUCAGAGAAUCUAAUACCAUCGAAUACAUCUGCUGUUGCACAAAAUCUUCAUGCCGAUAAUGUAUCUAGUCAUAAUCAAAAUCGUCAACCUCUACGCGAAAAAAAAUUAUCACUUCUGUCACCAAGACGACGUUCUCAUUUUGUACAAGCAGCAACACUUUCAGAUGAACAAAAACGUAAACGGGAUGUUAUUUGGCCAUUAAAACGAUCAUUUUCUUUUGAUAACACCUUUCAACGUGAUACAAUUGAAGAACUAAAUAAAGUCACAAAUUCACGAACAUUAACAAAAAAACGAAAAUAUGAAGAGCAAGCUCAUAAUAGUAACAAGAAAAAUGAUAAUCAUGAUAGCGAUAAUGAUGAAAUGACAGCAACUGCAACACUUGAUGAUGAUUUUUACAAAGAAUCAAAAUGGCAACGUUUAAAAAUAGGUUUAAGAGAUACAUUACAAACAAAAAUAUUACGUUUUACAAAAUCAAAUGAAGAUGUAUCAACACUUGGACUUGGUAUUCAACCUCCUUCAACACCAUUAACACCAUUAACAGCCGGUAUUGAUCGUGAACGUUUUCGUGAUAAAAUACGUCGUGUUACAUUAAGUUUUAAAACAAGUUGGAAACAAUCACGUAGUGAUUCAGAUAUUGAUGAAUACGAAACACAAGAUAUAAAUGAUAUGAAUAAAUUUUUUCGUUCAUCAAAUGAUUUAGGUUUACAGGGUUCAUCAAAAUUAUGGUUUGGAAAAGAUUAUGCCAAUUUUUUAUUACGUGAUUUUCGUAAUUUGGAUCAACCAUUUAUUGACAUAAUUGAUCGUAAUACUACACCAAGAAUGCCAUGGCAUGAUAUUGGUGGAUUUAUAUAUGGUGCUGGAGCAAGAGAUUUAAGUCGACAUUUUCAAGAACGAUGGAAUUUUAUUAAACGAAAUAAAGUUAAAGACGAUGAUAGAUACCCAUUUUUAUUGCCAAAAGCAUAUGGUAACUAUACACCAUGUCCAAAAUUAACAACAAAUGCCAUCAAUUGUUCUGUUCAGGCUUUAAGAAGCGUUGGUAAAUGGUCAACUGGUAUUAAUGAAAAUGAAACAUCAAUACAAAAUGCAUUCAUCGAUAUGAUUACAAAUGCCAAAUAUUAUGUUUAUAUUGAAGUAAAGAAUAGUCAAUUUUUUAUCUCGCUUGUUGGUGAUAGCGUUGUACGAAAUGGAAUAGCCGAUGCCCUAUUCAAACGGAUUAUCAAAGCCCAUCAAGAUAGAGAGACAUUUCGUGUUUAUAUUGUGAUGCCAUUGAUGCCAGGAUUUGAAGGACAAUAUGGUUCAAGCAAAGCCACUGCCCUUCAAGCAAUUACCCACUGGAAUUAUCGAUCAAUCUCACAAGGACAACAAUCAUUGCUAGCUCGUCUCUCUAAAGAAGUUGGUGAUGUACAUAAAUAUAUUUGCUUUUUUGGUUUACGUACAUGGUCUGAAAUGAGUGAUCAACUCGUGUCUGAAAUUGUUUAUGUUCAUAGUAAAUUAAUUAUUGUUGAUGAUUCACGAGUAUUAAUUGGUUCAGCUAAUGUUAAUGAUCGAAGUUUACUUGGAGAUCGUGAUAGUGAAGUAUCAGUUAUAUUUGAUGAUAUAGAAUUUGUACGAGGAACAAUGAAUGGAGAAAAUGUACAAGUGGGAAAAUUUGGUUCAAGUUUAAGAAAACGUUUAUUUCGAGAACAUCUUGGUGAUUUUGAUGGUACACAAAUCGAUUAUAGUGAUCCUAUCUGUGAUGCAUUUUACAAAGAUAUUUGGUUAGCAACGGCAGGAAGGAAUACAACCAUGUUCGAAAAAAUUUUUAAUUGUAUACCAACGGAUUCGGCGUUUACAUUUGUUCAAUUACGUGAAAUACAAGCAGCUAGUAAAUUAUCACAGACAAAUCCGGAUGAAGCUAGACGUCUAUUGACUUCUGUGCGAGGAUAUUUAGUUUUAAUACCUCAUAAAUUUUUAUGCAAAGAAUAUUUAGCUCCAAGAAUGCCAGCAAAAGAAAUUUUAGCGCCCGUUUAUUUCUGGACUUGA